CCCAGACCCCUUCCGGGGGGUUGCCCCGCAGUUUCCGCCGAGUUGACUCGGUGCCCGCUGUUCCGCCAGUUGUUGUUGACUCGGUGCCCGCAGUCUUGCCAGACGACUCGGUGCCCCACUGUCUGCCUGGGACUCGGUGCCCGCCGCUUCGUCUGGGGGCUUGAGACCUGUCCGCUCCAACCUGGGGGUCCCGGCGCCCGCCCUUGCUUCCGCCUGGGGCCCGAGACCUUUCCGCCUCCGCACCGCUCUGGGGGCCCGAGACCUGUCGCUCCACCUGGGGGUCCGGCGCCCGCCGCUCCGCUCUGAGGGCCCGAGACCUGUCGCUCUCGC